AUGGCUGACUCUACGUUAACGUCGUUAUGGGAAAGCUUUUCCUUAACUGAAGAAGAAGAAAAUGACGUCGUUGUUUCCAACAAGACGAUCGAAGAUGUGGCCGCCAAAGUUAAACACUGCCUUCUGGCUCUCCUUAUCACGGAGAAAAAUUUCAGCAAAGAAGCAUUUCGAUCCACAAUGUCUCAAGUUUGGAAACUGGAAGGCUGGAUCCACUUUACAGAUGCUGGUGAGAAACUAUUUUUGCUAGAAUUUCAAAACGUCACUGAUCUGCAGAAAGUCCUCAACGGUCGACCGUGGUCCUUCGAUAGGGCUUUGAUAGCUAUUCAACGAGUCGAUAGUAGCACUCCUUCUAAUGCUAGCUGUUUCACACAUGAACCUUUCUGGGUUCAACUUCAUAAUAUGCCUUUUGCUGCCAUGAAUGAUGAUUAUGGAGUCCAACUAGCGUCUGCAAUUGGCAAAGUUCUUGAAGUGGAUGUUGGUGCGAAUGGUUUGGGCUGGAGAAGCUUUCUGAGGGUCAAAGUAGAGGUUGAACUUACCAAACCUUUGGUUCGGGGGAGAUUAUUAAGGAUUGGGGAGCAAAAAUACUGGAUUGCUUUCAAGUAUGAACGAUUACAGAAUUUUUGUUUUAAAUGUGGAGUUCUUAAACACAAGAAUAGAGGUUGCUCUUCCAUUAGACAGACUGAAGAAUCCAGUAAUCAAUUCGAGCCUUGGUUGUGA